AUGAGGAACCAUCAGCAGCCGAAUUUGCCCCAGAGCAGAACAGCCAAGGGAGGUAUAUCGAUGGAUAAGAUAUGGGCUGAAGCCGCUGCAUCAUUUGAAAGCAUCUGUGGAGAGUCAUUGAAGCGAGGUGAAGUUCAGAGUUUUGAGGAUGUUCAGAGAAGAAUUGAGAAAACUUGCGAGAGGGCUUCAGGUUCAGAGUCAAAGCCAGAAGACAAGUGGGACACUGCGAAAACGGUCGGACUCAAGUCGUUGGAAUACUUGAAGUUGCUUGUUGGAGCUGCGGCCCAAGCUUCAUCUCUGAUCCCCAUACCUCCUGUGGCAGCAAGCAUUACUACAACAGCGCUUUCCUUCGUCUUUGAUAUCCCUCAAACCAUCAGGGGCUACAACAACGCUAUUGAUAGCGUCUUCAGCGAAGUUUCUUCGGCACUGUCUCAGUUUCAGAUUUACCGAUCUGUGGAAAAUCUUGAUCCGUUGCUGGUUGAGCAAAUCCACCUGGUUUUGGUUAGUUUCGUCAAGAUCUGCGCCCAUGUCGUCAAGUAUCGCCAGAGUCGCAAACGCGACCGCUUCUGGGAGCAGACCAAGCUCAUCUUGGGCGAGAACUCGGGUUUGAGCGACGAGAUGGCCGAAUUCAAGGGGUUUCUCCAGGGUCAACGUGACGUUGAAGGCACCGUGACGCUUGCUGUGGUUGCAGAAACGAGGAAGGACAUGGCCGUUGCACUCGAGAAGAUUGUCGUUUUCGGCAAGAUCGCCGAGGAAACGCAUCAGACGGUGCAAGAGACGCAGAGGGGCGUGCAGUCUCUGAAUGACGACUCAGAUCGCACCAAGACUCUGACCAAGAUUCGCGAUAUUCUAGGUGUGCCAUUGACGGUUCACCUUGACACGACAACCACGCAGACAUGCGUCGACCUCGCCAACAAGUGUCUCGACAACACCGGUUCAUGGAUCUGGAAACAUAAUGCAUACCUCUCCUGGACUGCGGGUAAAGAGAGAGACGUGCUCAUCGUCUCUGGUCCUCCAUCCUCUGGCAAGACGUCAGCUUGCGCUCUAAUCACCAAGCGUCUGGAGGAGCAAAAGGACCGUACCUACGUCGCGCAUUACUUCUUUCCACCGAGUGCUAGAAAGUCGGAUGACAACAAGAACUCCGUGCAGUCUGCCUUGAAGUACAUGGCUUUUCAAAUUGCUCGGGUCGAUGCCACGGUACUGAAGACGUUGGGAAAAGCCUGCGACACAAAGCCGGCAGUCUUUCGCUCCUCUACAAGCUCGGAUCUGAUUAAUAUGUGGAAGGAACUCAACAUUGGGGCGGCUGGUUCGGGAGCCACAUACUAUUUUGUGUUUGACGGCGUCGAGAACCUACCUGACGCACAAGCUGGGAUGCUGCUGGACUUUGCUUCCGACUUUCAGCUGGAGCAAGAGUCGGCCGGGCGGGCGCGUCUACUGAUCAGCGGCACGAAUAGCUUGUUUGACAAGAACGCGAAUGUCAGCGGAGCGCUUCGAAUCGACAUGGAGAAGCACAACCAAGACGACAUGCGCAUCCUCAUUCAAGAUACGCUCAACAAAAAUGGAAUGCUGCAAAGCACGAAGCCAAAUUCUGAACAGGAAAGGGCAAAGGCAAAGAUUCUCGAGAAGAUACCUCCGAAGGUUGACGGAAAGUACUCACUCUUGCGCUUCGAGUUGGACAGGUUGAUGCGACAACUGAGCAAGCGGACUGCAAUUCAGGAGCUCGACGAAAUGCUUGAUCAGACAAUGAGCAGCCUAGAAGCCGCUAUCAAAGACCUGGAGCGCUCCUUGACCGCAGACGAGAUUUCAGAGCUCAAUGAGUUGCUGAAAUGGGUCAUGUACAGCCAUGAUUACAUGUCUUUAGCACAGCUUGAGGCCGCCAUGGUAUUGACCUCCGACAUUGCUUCACUGACGUCCCUCGAGUACGUAAUUCGGACCAAAUACUCGGCUAUACUGAGCAUUGAAGAUGAAUAUUACGUUUAUCUCCAGGACGGAGUGGAGGAAUAUUUGCAGAAGGUUGACACCUCUUCCGGACAAUCGCAACAGUCAACGGGAGGAUCGACCAUCAGUAUGACUAUUUCCAUCAACAAUGUCGACCAAGAGCUUUGUGGAAAUUUCCUGUGGGACCUUGCGGACAUGGCAAUUCGAAAUAAGUUCAAGUUCAACUUCGACGGCGAGGCUUUCAACCCAGCGCACAGCAGCAAGAGACCUCUUGCCGUUGACGAGCUCGAAGCAAACUACACCAUUGUCACUCAGGCUUUCAAGUACUUGAGCAACGAGCCCACGGAUGCGACACAGAAUGUUGGCCGUUAUGUUGUUGAAUUUUUACCGUACCACCUCAAUCGCGUUCGCGAGCUCGAAGACGAGGACAAGGGAAUGCUAAGAGAUGAUCAGCGUUCAGAAAUUGGCCAGGGUCUGUAUAAAAUCUUCAAAGACGACACAGUCUUUCAACGCCACAUCAAAAUCUGGCAGGAUAUUGAGUGGUCUGUGGACGAGAUGAGAGCCAUCCAAACGUGGCUUAUGGACUCCGCAGCGGUGCGAAAGGUGGAUAGGAAAUGGCGUACGGCUGUCCAGAGGGCUUCCAGUCCUAUUACGGGCUACUUGAAUGAAUUGGUGAAGACGGUGUUGCGGGGCCUCUUGAGACAGAGGAGCUGGCAAAUGUACAACGCUUCAAAAUGGCUGAAACGCUUUAUGGAACUGGGUAAUCUUGACUGGGAAACCACAAACAAAUGGUGUCAAGAUGUACUGGGUCUGCCAGACACUGAUCUGGACUCUCUGUGGUAUGAGGGUCUGGCCAAGGCCGCAUCGGCAAAGAAUGACUAUGAGGCGGCAAUUUCGCUAUACAAGCGAGCUAUCGAAUGCGAUAAUCCGAGCUGGUUGUGCUACCGUGAACUCGGGGUGGUAUAUGACUGCCUAGACUUGCAAGCGGACGCCAUCGCACAGCUUGAGAUUGCUCUAGACAGAGCAGCGCAGGACAACGCGCACCCCGAGGGCAACAACGUGGAAAUUGUCACAAUGCAUAUCAUGCUGGCGGGAAUUGCUGUGAAGAUAGACAACGUGCGUCAAGCGGCGACCCACUAUUCAAUUGCUUGUGAAAGCAAGGAAAUAUCACAAGUCAUAUGCGGCCAGAUAGGUCUUCUCCAAGCGACCUUGAGUCUCGCUGACCCUGCAGAAGUCAUACAGGUGUUGGAGAAGAUCUUUUCGAAGACUGACCAAGAGUUGGCACUUGAGUUUUUCAGAUCGGUGAUGCUUGAGGAUGGCUAUGAUUCCCUUAUCUGGGGCGUAUUCCGCUCAGCCAAGGAGGACUCAGGUCUUCUCAAGGAGAUCAUGAAAUCGAUGGAGUCCGCCACUGCGAUCCUUCACCGGAGGGAUGCCAACAAGAUGUCCAGUGUGCAAUACGUCGACGAUGAAAUCAGGGGCAUGUUGUUGUAUUACCAAGGUGUAGGAGCUUACAACUUUGGGGUCUCGACUAAUGGCAGAGAUCCGACAGAAGAGGCCAUACGGCUUUGGACGGAAAGCAGAGACUUUCUCAAGAGAUGCGGCGGACCUAGCGCGCUCAGGGCGCGCUCCAAAGCUACAUCAGCACUCUCGAACCACUAUUUCGAGAAGUUAUUGGACGAGGGGUUGCAACAUGACCACAUGGAGGCACUAACCAAAAUGGCGAAGGACGACUCUGAGGUUACAAACAUCGAUAUGGAAUCUACUGGACUUUUGGGAGCUCUCUACGCGCGGAACAACGACAGGGAAAGCGCCCGAGAGGUUCUCCGGCAUCGAGUCAAGGAAGCUUUGCAAAUUCUUUCGGACGACAUUCCCGAGAACGACUACGUGGGUUUCGAAAUGCUCUUCCAGAAUUUCUUGCAAUGCCAUGAUCUAGAAUACGCUGCCGUCGCAUUGUCUCUUCUAAUCCCACCGGACACCGUCACUGUGGCCCUGCAAUUCAGUCCUGAGGACUUGAAAGACGUCAGACCAGAGGACAGGCAGCGGUUGUUGGAGGUAGUAACCACUUUAGCGCACGACAUCAUCCAGGCUACAAGGGCUCAGGUUCCGGAUCUCUACAAACAGUACCAACGCCUCGAUGCUGCCCAAGCUUACUUCGAGGAUCAGGUUGCCACAGCUGAAAGCAAGGAUAACGACAAGGACAACGGCAAUGUAGAGACACAGAACGCAGCCGACGGCGACAACCAACCUACGCCAAACGGAGAUGUGGCCACUUUCCACGCGCAUUCUUUGCUUCGAAGCAGGCUGUUUGACCCUGAGAUCGAGAUCUACAUGACGAACGUACGAUGGGGCGCUCAUUGUGAUGGUAGUAGUCCCGAUGGAAAGAAAUGCACCAAUCUGGCGAACCGAGACCAGAAUUUCUUUCACUGCACGCACUGCGCCAAUCGAGACUUUUGCGAAGAGUGUCUCGCUCGAUUGCGCGAUCCUGACUCUGACUCGAGGGAUGUCUGCAGCCCGAAGCAUCAGUGGUUACGUAUUCCUCCCCAAGGAGACAGCUUGUAUUUCGGGGAUUUGGCCAAGAGAGUCCGAAAGCCUUCGGUGAAGGCCAUGGAAGGGGACGACAGUCUGUUCAUAAUAACUCCUGCUGGUGAUGAGGAGUGGAUCUCAGUGCAGGCUUGGCAAGACGGGUUAGUGAAGGAAUGGAAGAUUUCACAGGAGUUGAAAGGCGACGGAGGACUGCGACCCCCGCCUCCGCCCCCGCUGGAGGGGAAUCACUAG